AUGAAUCGCACGCUGACCGGUCCGGACCAGCAGCACUCGCGCAACCACCUCGAGAAGCUGCUGCCUUCGAUCGGCCAGAUCUGCCGCUCGCCGUUCGUGGUGCGCGUGCUCGAUCAGCCGCCGUCGGGCGCCGCCGGCGGCGACGUCAAGCUCGUGCACUGGAUCCGGCACGGGCAGGGCUUCCACAACCUUCUCUCGGACCUCUACAAGGAGCACGGCAUCCAAGGCAAGCCGUACCUGCGGCCGGAGCUGCACGACCCGCCUCUGACGGCGGUCGGGCGGGAGCAGGCGGUCGCGCUGCGCAGCACGACGCAGUCCCUCUCCCCCUCGCUGGUCGUGGUCAGCCCACUGGCGCGCGCGACCAAGACGGCGCUGCUCGCCUUCGACCACCUCGUCGGCCGCGUCCCCUUCCUCGCCCACGAGUCCUGCCGAGAGAUCUCCGGCGUCAACGCGUGCGACGGCCGGCGCAGCGCGAAGAAGGACUUUCCCGACGUCGACUACUCGCUCAUGCCGUCCGACGAGGACGCCUUCUUCGACCCGGCGGUGCGCGAGUCGCAGGCCGCGCUCGCCGAGCGAGGGUACGCAUUCCUGGCGUGGCUGCGCUCCCGCGAGGAGGGCGAGGUGGCGGUGGGCACGCACUCGGCAUUCCUCUUCGCCCUCCUCAACGCGGCGGUUGUGGCGGACGACGAGCCUGGCACCGGCUUGCGCGCCUGGUUCGCCGCUGGCGAGCUGCGUUCGACUUGGAUCCGGUUCGAACCGAGUUGA